AUGAAUGGCUUCAAGGAAGGAUCAUCCAAAUUUGUGGACCAACUACUUGAGCUCAAGAUGGCAGUUGGAGAGUAUAAGACUCCAAUUUAUAUUCUUAAUAGACUAAUAAGACUGCAGGCCAUGGUGGAGAUUAUUACCAACUCAACUGCAAAAGCCUUGGAUUUGUCAGCAGAUCAAGCUACACAGACCAAGAAGGUGGACCUCCAGCAUAGAUUGGCUUUAGACUACUUGCUGGCUGAAGAAGGUGGAAAAUUGCAUCCUCUAAUGGCAGAAGGAUUUUGUGCGGAGAUUUUUGACAACACAAGUGAGGAGACAAGCUAUGGUUAUGAAAAUCAAGACCUCAUGGACAAGCAACUAAGACUUGUUCUGGUGGGGAAAACAGGAGCUGGGAAAAGUGCAACAGGGAACAGCAUCCUUGGAAAACAUGUAUUUGAGUCAAAACUAGCAGCAAAGUCAGUAACCAAGAACUGUGUGACAGAAAGCAGAUUGUGGAAAGGGAAAGAGAUCAUAGUGGUGGAUACUCCUGGGAUUUUUGAUACUGAUGUGUGUGAUGAAGACACUUCAAGGGAGAUUAGCCGCUGCCUCAUGAUGUCCUCCCCUGGGCCUCAUGCCAUCCUCCUGGUAGUCCCACUCAGUCGAUACACCAAGGAGGAAAAAGAUGCAAUAAAGAAGAUCUUGGGAAUUUUUGGUUCCAGAGCCAAGAAACAUAUGAUUCUUUUAUUUACUCGGAAGGAUGAUUUGGAAGGUACUAAUUUGAAUCAAUAUCUAUGUGAAACUGAGAAAGACUUGAAAAGUUUAAAAGAUCAGUUUGAUGGAAGAUACUGUGCUUUCAACAACCAGGCAACUGGAAAUGAGCAGGAGGCCCAGCUAACAGAUCUGAGCUUAGUUGAGCAAAUAGUGCUAAAGAAUGGAGGAUUUUGCUACACAAAUCAGAUGUAUCAACUGGCAGAAAAGAUGAUUCAGAAAGAAACUAAAAUAUUACAAAAAGUCUACAUGCAAGACUUGGAAAAACUGAAAAAAGAAAUAAGACAGGAAUAUGAAAAGGAAAUAAAAAACUUAAGGAAUGAAUGGGAACAGAAAGAAAGAGAAGAAAAAAUAUACAGAGAACUUGCAGAAAAAGAAAUGUUCUAUGCAGAGAAACAAAGAGGUGCUAGAACUGAGAUUAUGGGACAACAUUGGUUCAUUGAAAAUUUCAUUCAAAUCUUUGGAAUAGCUCAUGGUGUCAUUAAAAUCAUUAAAAUUUUGUUUAAAAAUUAAGGAACUUGAUAAUUAAAGAUUAAGGAACUUAGAAAAACUGUUUUAUGCUCUCUACUAUUUUUCCAGCUUCUUUCUCUGUUGGUUAUUGAUAAAUAUUGAGGCAUCACAAGUCCAUCCUACAUGAACUGAUGCUAAGUGAAAUGA